GGCCGCGCGAGGCGGCCCGGGCCGGGCGGCAGCAUGCGGAGCGGCGAGGAGCUGGACGGCUUCGAGGGCGAGGCCUCGAGCACCUCCAUGAUCUCGGGCGCCAGCAGCCCGUACCAGCCCACGACCGAGCCGGUGAGCCAGCGCCGCGGGCUGGCCGGCCUCCGCUGCGACCCCGACUACCUGCGCGGCGCGCUCGGCCGCCUCAAGGUCGCCCAAGUGAUUCUGGCCCUGAUUGCGUUCAUCUGCAUUGAGACCAUCAUGGAGUGCUCCCCGUGUGAAGGUCUCUACUUCUUUGAGUUUGUAAGCUGUAGUGCAUUUGUGGUGACAGGAGUCUUGCUGAUUCUGUUCAGCCUCAACCUUCACAUGAGGAUCCCCCAGAUCAACUGGAACCUGACAGAUUUGGUCAACACUGGACUCAGCACUUUCUUUUUCUUUAUUGCCUCAAUUGUACUGGCUGCUCUAAACCACAAAACUGGAGCUGAAAUUGCUGCCAUGAUAUUUGGCUUCUUGGCAACAGCAGCCUAUGCAGUGAGCACAUUCUUGGCCGUACAGAAAUGGAGAGUCAGCAUCCGCCAGCAGAGCGCCAAUGACUACAUCCGAGCCCGCACUGAGUCCAGAGAUGUGGACAGUCGCCCCGAGAUCCAGCGCCUGGACACAUGAGGUCCCACCAGAGUCCGCCUCCCUCCAGCCCUUGUGGCCAUCCUUCCUGUCAAAUUUUCUUUCCCUCCGCUCAUCAGACUUUCAUGUGAUUCAGCUGAAUUUUGUCCUCUUUGGUAAAAGUUCACUUUGGGAAAAGGUGUCCAGAGUGGCUGUGGGGGUGGGUCCAUGGUAGGCUGGAGAGGCCUGUGUCCUCCAGUAUUGGGCAGCUGCAGGAGCAGCCAACUAACUGAUGCAUGAGCCACCCUGUCACAUGUGUUUGUGAUGAGUCAAGAUGCUGGGUUACACAGGGCUGCUAAGAAGGGGAAAAUACACCUGAAGAAGCAAAAGCACAGGGUUGGGACAGCUGGCCAGCCCCCUGGUGUGCUCUGGGUGCAUAUUGAGUCUGGCUGCCAGGACCUGCCUGCCUUGUCUUCCAUGUCCAGGGCAUCAAGGCAACCAGCACAGCCCCAAAGCCCCUGGGACUCGGAGGGUCUUAGUAUUGGAUGUGUAGUGGUGCAUUGCUUUGCUGUGCCUGAAUAUUAUAGGGAUAGGAAAAGCUGGUGCCUAUGGGACAGUUCAUGGGACCACUGACUUACAAGAAGGUUACCCUUUUUUCCUACUCUGCUGAGAAAUCACUUGGUUCUUCCUCAAAUGAAUCACUUUCCUGAGUCCCAGAUUCUUUUCUAAGAAUAUAGGGACCAUCUUGUUUGCCAUUUUCCUGCUUACCCUAAUCACUCUGAGGCUGAAUUGCAGUUUCUGUAAUUUUACCUUCUCAGGUAACAGCCACAGAAGAAACAGAGUCCAUUCCACCAGCUAAAGCACUUGCCUAUUUGCUGGCUUCUUGGACCAUACAUGGGAGUGUGUGUGUGUAUGUGUGUGUGUUACAAAUCACCACACACAAACAGACCUCUGUUUUAGGGAUGUGUGCUAGUUUUCUAAUGCCUGAGAAGAAUUUUAAAGUGAUUCUGAGUAGACCUGUCUAGGGUUUGAAAAUACUUGAAUUUACACCAGGACACGUCCUUCCUCUGAUGUGUCAGAUGGCACCAGUUACCAAUUUCGAUGCCUGAGCAUCAUUACUAUGAACACCAAUGGUGGAAAUUGUUGGGGAAAAUCCUAGUUAAGUUUUUGAUUGUUGAUCAAGUGAAGAUUAUUUUUUUGUGAUGAAUGAGUUAAACAAGCCCCUACAAUGCUGUAGUUUUUUGUUGUGGUGAUUGUUGUUAAAAGACUAAUUGUAUCUUUCAUGGAAAAGUUGUUAUAAUUUGUCAGGUUUUCACAUUUUGAACUGUUUUAAUGUUUACAGAAAUCAUUGUAGCUCUAAUAUUUUGUGUUUAGCCGCAUCAAGGAAAAGGCACUGCUGAUGGGAAGAUCUUGCAGUAUCCUGGAAAACCCUGACAUCUUGUACUAAGGACCACUUACAGUCUUAGCUGUGUACUGUGUAGGAAAUGGCCCAGAGCAGGAGGUAGGAGAGUAUGAAGGGGUGUCCCCUGUGUAUAUGUGGCAUUGUGUUUUUCAGGAAAGAGCAGUGUCUGCUUUAACAGGGAGGAGAGGGAUAUUGGUCAGGUAGUGCUGCUGGGCUGGGGAUUCUACAGGAAUGGUGGUAUGUCGGGUCUGAGGGCCAGGGUCAGGAGUUACCUCCCUACCCCAAUGUCCAACACAGUCCAGGUCUCUUGCAGCCCUUCCUGGGCGGUGGCCCAGGUCACAUACUCAAGCAUGGCUGCCUCAGGGACGGACCCUUUAGUCUGGUGAUAACUCCUCCCCCCUCUUUCCACAGAGGGUGGCUUGGCCUGAUCACAGCUGGGCAUGAGGCUGACAGAGCCUUCUUCCCGUGUAUUUUGUGAGUCAGCACCAUCAUGUUUUACAGACUUUGACCCUCUUAUAUGUGGUGAUUUUGAGGGAGCUGAGGACAUCUGGAUUUUCUCUAUUUUACAUAUUUAUUGUGCAUUUGUUGAGUGUGUCAAAAUAAUCAAAAUUGGUUUUAUUGCCCCCUGAGAAUUCUAUUUAAAAUAGGGCCACAAAGACUCAGCCUUAUAUCAGAUGGAGCCCACUUGGAAGGACCACCCUGAGCUUUAUCAGAAAUUUGCUGGGAGUCAAGUUACUUGGACUCAAUGAAGGCCACCUUGAAGCAAGAGUGAAAAAAGAAUAUCAUUCAGGUGAGAGUGUUGCCCAAGUUUUCUUGAGUCACUUCAAUAAAACCAGCUUAUCCGGUAAAAGGAAACCACUGAUUAGCCUCCUGAGGGUGCACUGUCAGUGUAAAGAAAUAGUUCUGAGGCCCAUCAAGACCAUAAAUGCUGAGGAAUGAUAAAAAGUUAUACCGUCUCAUGCCCAGAGAGACUUAGGUGUUAAUUUACAUCUUAGUGAUAGAAUCUUUGGAAUUAUUUAUGUUCCUGUAACUAUUUAAUAUCCUUUGUGCCAUGAGGCUUCCCCAUGAUUUUUGUAAAUGUAUUUCCUUGUACUAUUUAAUUUGCUCCCACUAGAAGCAGAAGUGGCCUGUACAGUCUGAUUGGUGUGGUGCACAGCCCUACAUCUCAUCAUGUACAGAUAGUGAGGAAGAGUUAUGAAGGGAAUGUGGUCAUCUACCAUGAAUGUAAGGCACCCGUAUUUUUCUUCUAUCUCCUUUGUGUACAAACAGAAGAUGGUCUAGAUUAAAAUGACCUCUUUGCAAAUUGAAGGAAAUGUAUUUUUGCAUUUAUUUGAUCCAGUGUGGACUAAUGUCAUUUAGGUUUCGGGCACUUUAAGGCUGAGGCUUAGUUUUUCAGUUUUCUCAGUGUUCUGGUGGGAUGAAUUGGCUUUCACAGAAGCUGGAGCAAAGCUUGAAGGAACUACCAGUGCUGUGUCCAUUCUGGAGUGUUUGUGGAGAUGCAGGGUUGAAGCCUUCCAGGAUUUGGUGGAACCUCUGAUAGCUUUUAUAGAUGCAGACACUUCAGAGAAAGUUUAUUUUGCCAGUGACUUGGUUGAUUGGCUGUGUAUUUCCCCUAUGACUCACCUUACCCUGUCUUCAUGUUGCUGAAGGGAUGGAGGAGGCAAUACCCUUUCUCUUUCACACACAGAUACUGCAACCAUGAAAAUCUAGAUAGCUGUUAGCCCCUAGAAAGGGCAAACUUGGUUACAGACUAAAAUCUCAUUAGAGAAGUUUGAUUUAAAGUAAUCAGCCAUCCAAGGCAGACUGCUUGUCUACCAGAAAAUCAACAACACAGUAGCCUGCUCACUUCCAUUGCCUCUUCUGCCUUAGCACAAUGAGCUGAAGAGCUGUUGUGCACAGAGCCCAGCCACAGGGAAACCAGCAAGGACCAGUCAGGCUCUGAGGGUGUGGCUCUGGGGUGCCAUUACUGCCUCCUGCUCGAAGGCUGAUGCCUGUGGGCAGGUCAGAUAUGUCUGGCCUUCAACCAGUGCUAGAUGCUUCUAGCCACAGCUUUGAGGCUCAGGUGUAAAACCUUCCUGCUUUCUUCAGGUUUGCAGUUUUGUUUCUUUCUGAAGCUUUCUUAGUGAUUCAGACUUUAAGUAGCCACAGUCUGAGGAGACAGAGCCCUAACUUUUGUCUGUACACGUGUGAGCUCUUGCUUGCCACGAGUGACCCUCAGAUACCUCUUGUGUAUGACCCAAGCUCACCUCUUCCCUUAGAUUCAUAUGCACUAUUUGGAAGGAAUGCCUCACCUAUCCAUGUGCUCCCAGAGGUAGACCAAGGACUGAUCCCCAUCUACGUUGUAUUUCCUAUGGGUCAAUCUUAGGAACUGUCCCAAUAGAAAUGGAGUGUGGAGACAGUGGCGAAGUGAGUGAUGAUGUAGAGGAUUCCUGCUAUGCCAUUCAUGUUCCCAACAGAGCAACCAUGAAGUCAUGCCACCACAUGAUUGUCAUUUCCUCUAUAUCUUGUCUACAGGGUAAUAAUGCUUGAUAUUGAGCAUCUAGAAAAAGGAAAAUGCUUGUUAGCUCAAGGGUUGCUCAUUGAUUCUCAUGAGUAGAAAAAGUUGUAUCCAGCUCCAGGACUAGUUUGUGAGGUCUCAAAGCACCGCUUUUGGUUUGUCAUGGUUUCAGUAUCCAGGGCUUCUCUCUUCCUGGGUCUGUUUUAUCAGCAUCCACUCCUAGGCCCAAUUAGGCAAGGGGCUUGGUGGGCAGGUGAGAUCCACACAGGGGCUGGUAGGAGGCAAGGAGGAGAAGGGAGGAGGCUGCUGAUGGCAUUAGGUGUGUUUACAACUCCUGGCUGCUGUGGAAAUGUGCUCGGUUAACUGCCUGCCUGUGUGCUUGUCAGUAGAAAAGUGAAGUGUUGUGUUCCUGGACCAGCAUGAGGGCAAGAACUGAACAUUAGGGACCAGCAUUCCUUACUGGUAUGGGUUAGCAUCUAGUCUGGGUCUGAGCAAGUGGCCGAUUAGCUUAGGUCCCUGGCAGGACACAGACCUAAAGGGCCACUCUUUCACUCUGUAAAUCUUCCUGAUUCUGUAAGUCCUUUUGUUUAUUCUCUUCUUAGCAGAUCUUUUUUUUUCUUAAUGGUUUUUUUGAGACAGGGUCUUGCAAUGUAGUUCAGCCUGGCCUCAAACUCAUAGCCAUUCUCCUGCCUCAGCCUCCCGAGUGCUGGGAUUACAGGCCUACACCACCACACCUGGCUGCCAAUAUCUUUUAAAUCAUAAGAUUUGCCUGGUUGGGAAAGUAAUUUGAAAUAUUUGACCUUUUAUGUUUCCUCUAUUUAGAAGCCUUUUAUUUUUCCUCUGUUUUAGAAAAUACCUUUAGUUUGUUAGAUCUAGAAAGAUUUUCUUCUGUAAGUGAACAUUCUGUUGGGCUUUUCUUCAUGCCAAUAAAUAGCAUAUGUACAUGCUUUGGGCUUGAAAGAGAAGGUCCUGUAUUUUCUCUUUUCUUUUAUUUUGGCACCGGGGAUCAAACUCGGGACCUUGCGCUUGUGGGGCAGGCACCGGAACCGCUGAACUAAAUGCCCAGCCCUCCCUUGUCUUGAAUAUAUGUUUUUCCAUUUGGACACAAUUUUUCAACCUUUAGGAUUUUUUUUUCCUACUUUUUCUUAUUCCAUAAACAUAACAGCAAAGAAAAAAAUGACCUAGAAGCCCACUGACUUUGACACUGGUAACUUGCUUAGAAUAAAGUCUCGAUUAUGGGCUCCUGUUUCAAUGGGUUAGUCUGUUGUCCACACUUUUUAGGCUGCGACUUUAAUUCAGGUGAACAAACUGGUUAAGGGUUGAUACUUCUUGGAUUCUGGUGAGCUAUCAGAACUUUUAUGGUUCUGAUAUUUAUGUUAAAAACAUAAUCAGAAACCAGCUAGAUCAGCUCUGUUGAUGGGAGUUAGGGCAAGUCCUAGAGUUUCUUUUUAUAAUUGUUCCUGAAAAGAGAUCGUGUGAAACAAAAUUCUGAUAAUGAUUGAUGUAGGUUUCGGUAACAGUCUGAAACUAUCAAAUCUGAGUUGUCUUUGGAAGCUGCUACUGACAUCCAAUAGGAAGUUACUCCCUCUUAAUCAGGAAAGGCACCAGAGAAAUGGCCAGGACAUGAGACCACCUGGGAAACCUGUGUCUGCGUGAGACCAUGACAGGCCUAACUGAUGGCUGCUUCGCCCCACUUGCUGUUUUCCUGAUUUACCCAGAAUUGGUGUUGCAAGUUUCAAGACUGUUUCCUUCUCUGUGGAAGUGAGGAAGGAAAGCAUUAAAGGAGACUGGGCUGGUCCCAGGGAUGGGGAGGGCAAGGACAGGGGCAGGAUGUCUGGGAUGAUCCCCAUGCUGGCCCAGGCCCACAGAGGGCCCACCUGCUUCCAACUCUUUCAUUCAUAACACACUUAAUGAGCUUUCAAAUCAUGACGAAAUUGACCUAUUUGCAUCAAAUCAGUGCUUUUAAUAACUUGAUUUUGACAUGGUUCCCUCUAAGAGAAUGGUAGGGAUUAAAAUUAUUUGUAUAUGUUGAAAAUUGUAGGGGUUCAGGAACCCAUGGCAGAAAUACUAAACUAUUUAUUACAGGUUUGACUAUUUUUGUUUUUCUUUCUCAUAGUAGGCAAUUCUGUCUUUGUAUAUUUUAAGACAAAUAAUCACUUCACCUUUGGUGCCUUCCGUGUGUCACAUAAGCACUCUUGUCAAUCAUGGAAUUGGAAAAAAAGAUGUACAUUUAGUUAAAACAGAUAACACUAUUUUUGUAGCAUGUUACAGAUUGUGUCCUUUUAAUAUUGCUUUCAAAAAUGCUAGUCUUAUGGUUUGGGCCAUUUCCCCUUUAAACUUCGUAUUUUCAAAAAGAAAACAAGCAACCACAAAAAACCCCCUGGCUACUCUCAUCUCUCUGUUGCAUUUGCCCCUACAUCUUGUUUCUGCUUAAAUAGUCUGAGAGUAAAAGUAUAUUUCUGUAAAAUAAGUAUGAGUCAAUAUAAUUGCAUUUGGCAUUGUUUAACCAUUUGCUCAGUUUGAAGAGCUGCCGCUCACCUUGAACAGUAAAAACUGUUCCAUAUUGAAAAAGGAGAGAAGACAGACUGCAUGGAUGCAUGGUGACCUCCCCAUUACUGGGUCUGAAAUUGUGGAAAGCCUGCAUCUGGCUCCUUGCCAUUCCCCUCGGGCCUUCAAGGUGUUGUCCAGCCUGGCAUCUUCCGGGAUUGGCUUAGUGCUCCCUGGUUUCUGGAGCACCACACCCUGUCUCCAGCUGUACCAUGUGUUUGGAUUUCGGAUGGGGUCAUGGAUGCUCAGGGUGGGCUUGUGGCUCUGUCCAGGUUUUAGGCCUGAAUGCAGUAGGUGCUCUCCUGUGAAGGAGCAGGAUGAAACCAAGGCACAGGCAGACUUGAGCAGCUCCCUCUGCUUCUCCAACCCUGUGGUCAGAGGUGUGUCUGGUCAAGGAAAGUCUUGUGUAAACUAACUGAGCCAUUGUGGAAGGAAAGUACAAUUUACUGAAACAUGAAAUUGUAGCUUUUUUUUACCUUCUGAGGAGUCAACAUGUUAUUCUGUGAUAACAAAGGAAGUGCAGUCAGACAGCUAACUCAUAACUUUCUGAUCGGUUCACCCAUUGGUACUUUACCUAGUGGCAGUUUUAGGGGCAGUGUUAAUAAUUUGCCACACCUUGUUUCUGAAAAGUCUGUUUCUCGUGGCAGUUUAGACACAGCUGUGGGCAUUCCGAGGUGAUGGGUACCGGGCAAACGUUGGCUCUUGUGGUUUGUGGGGCAGAACUCCCAUCCUGGCCUCCCACACUGACAUGGAUGCUGUGCUGUGGGCCUCCUCCCACUCUGACAGGCUCUCAGGUUUGACCCUGUACAUUUGGAAUGGGGACCCCGAAGUGUGCUCCUAUUGAUUUGUCCCUGACAGCAGACAAAGCCUCACACUGCCCUCAGUCUUCCCCUUUAUUUCUUUUGAAGGACCAAUUUUUCAUGGUACUUGUCUUGAUUGUUUUAAUAGCGUUCAAAUCUGUAUUUUUGUAUGUAGAGGGAAAUAAUUUUCUCAACACUAAUCGCUAAUAUUGUAUUGUCAUGAAGGAGUUCUUGUUUAAUAAAUGGACAUGUAAAAAUA